AUGGAUAAACAGCAAUAUUCAAGUGUUGUUAAUUUAUUAAGUGAUAGUGAAACUGAAGAAGAUACUAAAAAUACCACUGUUAAAAGUUCAUUUGGAGAUAAAAAAGACACUAGUUGCAGACUAGAACCUAGAGCAAUGAGAAGUCAAACUCGAGCAAAAGGCGGUGUUAAACAAUUGAAUGAUACUAAACUGUCUGAUGGAAAGAAAGAAUGUGAAAGCUUGCGACAACAAAGUGGGGAAUCUCAAAUUAACGAAACUAUUUUAAUUGACGAUGAUCUGCUUGAUAUAGACCAAACUGAAGUUGAACCAUUAUCAUCCGUUCAAGAUGCAUUACCAUUUAUACUUCCUACAGUGAUUAAGACUACCGCGCAAAGAUUUGGUCUAUCAAAUGCAGGAGAUAAUAAAAAGGUAGAGAAAGUAACUAUACAGAGAGAUUAUAAUUGCUUGUUGGGCAAAACCAAUGAUGAAGUUUCUGUUGAAACGAAUGCUUUUCAAGAUGCUAUUACGUUACGCCACGAUAGUUCACAAAAUACAUUGACAACACACGAUGGUAAACCAUUGAAACAACACGGAAGAAUUGAAAUAAAAGGAUCAAGUAUAAGGUGUAUUGAUAGUAGAAAAGAUUCAAAAUUUGUGUCACUUACCAACCACCCUAUGGAAGUAGUUAACAAAAUCAAGAAACCAUUUAACAUGAAAUUUGCUUCAGAGCAGAUAAAUAAAACUAAUGAUAUUCAAAUCUCAAACACCGAUGUUAAUAAACCUAUUAGAUUGAAUAAUAGUUCCCUUAAUGUGGUUAAGUUAAUUGAUAGUAGUUGUUCAUUGCCUGCUGAUGAUGUUGUUAUUAUUGAUGAUGAUAUAAAUAUUAACGAAGAUAAUAGGACAACAAUGAAAGCGAAGGAGUUAUUAAGUAAAGUUGAAUCAAAAGCCUUUUCUUCUACUGUUUCAAGUAAUUCAAAAUCAACAACACUUCAAUUGGAUGAAAAAAUAAAUAAAAAUGAUAAAACACCAUGGAAUAUGUUUGGAAAAGCCCAAAAUAUUUUAGAUACUACAAAAAAACAGUGUCUUCAAGAUAGUUCGUUAUAUAGUAAUGAAACGGAGGAACGUAUAAAUACAGCUGGUGUGGAUCAAGAUGAUUCAACUAUUGGAGCUUUUGAUACCUUUGCUCAGAUCACUAGAGUACGACAAAAAUCAUUUACUUCAAAAGACAUUAAAGAUACUAAAGAAAAAAAUAUUGAAAUCCCAGUGAUGAUGAAAAAAGAAGAAGAUAUUCUUGGUAUGAACAGAAACCAAAUAAUAGAAAAAAAAAAUUUAGCCGAUAUGGAGAGCUUUUUAAAGAAAAAUUUGUUAACUACAACAUUAAUUAAAAAUGAACCUAUUGAUGAAUGUGAUGAUCACAUUUUUGAAAAUGAUACAAAUAUAGAACGAGAAUUGAUUGAAAGUAGAAAAGCGCCUACAAAUGAUGAUUAUGAAACAUUUAAUCUAAGAGAACGCGGAAUAAUGAAGUGUAUGGGACUUGAAGGAAAAACCUCUAAAGAAAUAGAAACAAAUUCAACUGAAGUUAAGAUGAUCACUAAGACAAGGGGACUAAAGGUUGAAGAAAAGCUUAAAGAAUCAUAUGUUUAUAAAAAUGUGUCUACUAAACUACGACCACAAAUAAAAUAUCUCGGAUCCCCAUCAUAUAGUGGAAGUUCAACUAGUAUCGAGAAUCCAUCAAUUCCUAGUCAUGAAUAUAAAAAAAAAUUGAUGAAUACAGAUGAUAAUAGUAAACGGAAUACCACUUCAAAGACAUUAUAUGAUAAUAAGAACAAUAGAGAUAUAAACAUUGACCCUAGUGUCAUUGUUAGAAAAGAAAAUUUGAAUCGUGAAGUUAUUGGUAUUCCAAGAACUCUUACCCUAUCAUCAUCGUUUAACCAAAAAAUUACUUUGGAAACUACAUCUUCAAAGCAAGACCAAGAUAAUGUUAAAGCAAUCAUUCCAAAAGAAACUGUAUUAACAAAGACUAUUGUGUCCAAUUCUACAUACCCCGAUCAUCAGACCACAAGAUCAAGAAGUCCCCCAAAAACUCUCAAUGAACAUACGCUUAAUGAAAUUAACUGUGGUAGAACAUUGUUCAUCCCUUUAGAAAUGUUAUCUAAAAGUCAAAUUCCACUUCACAAAGUACAUCAACGAUCAGUUAACAACUUUAUAAAGCAACAAGAAAUUAAACCAACACAUGACCAAAUUCAAAAGCAAACUGUAACUACAACUCAAUUAGAUAAGCCGCUUCCUAAGAAACGAGGUCGCAAGCGUCGGAUUGACCUUCCAACUGAAAAACAAGAGUCUAAUAGUAGAAAUAGAACAUCUCAAAAUGCGGCAAAAUGUAAUACAUCAAUAAAAGAGGUAGAACCUCCAGCUAAAAGAACCAGAAGGAGUCUUGGUCUACGUGGUCGUAAAAAGGAAGCCAUGAACAAUUAUGCUCAGCCACGUUCAACCACAGUCGAGCCACGUCAAUCUAAAAAACAAUGUGUGGAGAAGUCUAAUGAAAAUAAUGAAACAUGCAAGAGGCUUAUGAAAUUUGUUUUUAACAAUUUAUGUGAAAAAAGCAAAUAUAUUUCAACUCUGAACAAGGAAGUUACGGAUAUACCUCCACCAUAUGCUGGUGUUAUAAAAUGUCCAAUUGAAGCACGAGAUAUUAAAAGGAAGAUUGCUACAGGAGAAAUAAGAAACCUCGCAGAACUUCAAGUAAAUCUUUUGCUCUUAUCAUAUAAUGCUCUAAUGAUCAAUAGGUCCGACUCUAUAGUUUUUAAUGAUGCUAUUAAUUUUCAAUCUGAUCUUCUAAACAUUUGUCGGGAACUUAAUGAUGCUGUUGGUGAAAAUUAUGGUAGCAGUGAAGAUGGUACAAUGAAGAAACCCGACCAUAGUAUUAAAAUGCGAUUUCCUGAUUUAAAAUGUAGUAAAACUGUAAAAAUUAACAAAGAAACAUUCGAUGAUAUACUACUUAAAUAUACUGAUCUGACUAGCGAUGAGUCCACUGAUUCCGAUGAUAGUGAUUAG